UGCCCUCUAUGCUGGGCACAGGUAUGCCAGGUGCUAUGGCCGGUAUGCCAGGUGCUAUGGCCGGUAUGCCAGGUGCUAUGUCCGGUAUGCCAGGUGCUAUGUCCGGUAUGUCAGGUGCUAUGUCCGGUAUGUCAGGAAACAAGGCUCUGCCCUUGCCACCUAACCAGGCCCAAAUGUUGUGGCAACAGUUCUUCCUAUACCGCAUGAUAUUCGGAGAUGCUGCGGCCAGAAUGAUUAUGGCCGACAGACUGGCUACCAUGAUGGGAGGAAAUCUUAUCAGCAGGUACUACGCCGGCGAGUAUUUCGACACCCCCGACUCCUGGUGGCUCACCUCAUCCCUGAUGAACAGGAACCAGAACCAAGCUGGAGUGGGCGCGACUUCCGGAGCAGCCAACGUGCCAGGAGCUGCGCUUCCGGGAGUCGGCGCUGCUCUCGCUGGGGCAGGCGCUGGGUCCAUCUAAAAAUAACAUUUCGGAACCGUUAGACUUUGACAUCCACUUUGUUUUUUGUUUUUUUACUGCAGUGUCUAAUUUAUUAAUCAUGUUGGAUUUUCUUGGUUUUUUCAUGAACCAGCAGUGAAGGCGAUAUGAGUGGGGAGUGCUCGGUUUGAUUGAUGAUUUUGAUGAAGCCAAAAAUAUGUGUUCAUUGUGGUUUUUCAUUCCUAUCAUUAUACAUAUUUGAUGUGAAGAGUUCGAUCUGAUAAUUCAUCAUAGAUACAAUUUGAAAUCACAUUGUUCUUUUUUUUUAAAGGAUAACAAGGGAACCGUAUGACACGUAUGUCAAAUUUGAUCAUAUAAACACCAGUCUUUAUUCAGUGAACAUGUAUAUUCAUAAUUAUUAUUAAUAGUAUUCAUAGCAGUUUUUCCUCCAUAAAUACAAAACAACUAUGCGUUUAUAUAACUCUCUCUCUCUCUCUCUCUCUCUCUCUCUCUCUCUCUCUCUCUCACACACACACACACACACACACACACACACACACACACACACACUGUGAACAUUGAAAAAACAGAAUCCUAUGCCAAAACUUCUCACAAAACCUGUUUUCACGCACAGAUGACGCAUUAGCUCCUACUCUUCUCAUUUGAUAACAAAUCCAAUCUCCACCAUUCAAACCAAAGCGCAUUUUAAAGUUUUUGUUUGCUUGUUUGUUGAUUUCAUCAAAUUGUGGGUAUCUGCAUGAGUCAUUUCUUUCGUAAAUUUAUCAAAAAAUAUUCAUCAUGUCAACUUUCUUUUCCGUAUUAACAUUAUAACCAGGUUUGGUGAGACAUCUUUUCUCUCCAAUUUGCUCAAAGGUCUUUCCCGUCACAAGAUUCAUGUUGUUGUUGUUCUUGUUGAUCUUGUUGUUUUGUUUUUUAACCCUGAAUACAAUAUUUUUUCAUUUCAUUUUCAUUAUUACUUGUUAUGACUGACUUCAUCAUAUCACACAUCGCAGCACAAACACAAAUUUAGUAUCGUACAAAUCACACACAGGAAAAGCAGUAUCAAUAUUAUUAAGAUCAAGAGCCAAGUUGUGUGACGGUGCGUUCUCUUAGCAGGUUUGAAGAAAAGAGGCAGCUUUAUGUCUUUCAAUCUUGACGUCAAGUCAUUCAAAUGCUGUCCAAUGUUACAAGGUUUCGCGUAGUUCUGAAUAGAUUUAUACAUGACAUUCAUAUCCAGGAUUCUAGUGGGAACGCUCUGCCAUAAGACAUGCACUUUAAAAGGUCACCUAGUCUGUUCGGCUUGUUUUUCUCUGUGUACUGCUGUGUCUCGAUAUAGCUGGGAUGACUCAAUGUUAACCAUAUUAUUAAACUUGAAGAAAGUACUUUUGCCGGAAAGAAAUUUUAUACGCCCCUUUAAUACAAUGUAUCAAGUUAAAAGAAACACGCUUUCAAUGUCGCGACUUUAAAUCGGAUUUGCUUCUAACCUCUAGAACUAUUUUACAUAGUAAGAUUAGAUCUACAUAUUUCAUAUCGAAUAAAUAACUAUGUCUUGUGAAAGGGCUUAACUUAGUGUAACGAGAACAAGCUUAUUUGUGGCUACUGAAGUCGACAGACACCACUUCUCCGUCCUCGGCAGUACAAGAAACAUGUUGUUCUUUAGGAAGAGCUAUUCGAGUUUAUACACUGCAGAGCUCUUCUUAGUUCUUGACACUGUUUUCACUGUCUUCUUUUCAUGACUCUAUCAUUCCUUCCAAGGAAAGUGUGAGCUUGAACUCGCCGUCUACUUUAUAAGUAGGCCUUAUAAUUAUUUUGCUUAACACUUUUAGCUCGGUAAAGCAGCAGGGUAUCAGACAUUCAGAAACAGUUCGCUUGCGAUCGGUAAUGAAUCUUAUAAUUUACAUGUAUUUUGAAGUCAUAUGUACUGUAUGUCUGUAUCUAUCUGUAGAUGGAUGUUUAUGUGAAUAUGAACACAUGUGAUAUUAUGUGUGUGUUUGUGUGUACAAGUACCGAUAUGUUUACACAUUCACCCACAAGCUUGAGUACGUUUGUUUUUUUACUUUGUGCACUUGCUUUUAAAUGUAUUUUUAGUUCGAAUGUGUGGAUUUUUUAGUGUAAAGUAGUACGAUUUGGGGGAAUGUGACAAGGUAGGCGUUCAAAAGCUAAAUAUUAAAAUUUGUGUAGACGAUACUGUGUACCUUUAUUUUGUACGUUCUUUAGAAACGCUUUGCAAUAUAUGUCAUUCUUUUGUGAUUUCAUGAGAUUGAGAAGCUGUUGUUUACAGUUCCCCUAAGGUCAAAAGCCGUAUCGGUACUAAAAAUCACGAGAUACUUUUUUGUCACUUCGUACUAAAUAAGUGAAGAAUAUAUUGUAGGUAAUAUUAUCUUUAUCUUCGGCGUCUGAUGACAUAAAAGGUUGUGAAGAAAGAGAAAACCAAAAUUUAGCCAAGGGCUGGAGGAAAAUGGGUCUAUUUAGUACAGAGAUAAUUUGAUUUUUACAGACCUGUACUCUUUAAAAAAAUCAGGUCUGUUUCAUUGCAAUCGUAUGUAAUGUAAAUAAAGCAAACAAAAUACUUUA